AUUGACAGUUUUCUUUUCAGUGACAUUUAGUUCGAUUUUUCGAUCCUCGCAAAUUUCUUCUAGAAUUCCUUCACUUUAGAUUUGUUAACCCUAAGCAGAAUUAGUAAAAUAAACACAAAAUGUCCAUUUUCAGUGAUAUAUUACCGAUUAAUAAAAAUGAAGAGAAAACACAAGCUGGGGGCAAUCUAUCGCCCUAUUUGAACUUCGAUCCCCAUUAUAUUCCGAAAAUGCAGCCAGAAUUUAUUUAUCCAGACGAUAGUCAUAUGGCCUCAACAGCAAGAAGAUCUAAUGUGGCUUUGCCUAUUAUUGGAAUGUCUUUCAUGACUGGUUCAGGUUUGGGAGGUAUGGCUGGAUUAUACAAAGGUCUGAGAGCAACAACACUGGCCGGACAGACUGGCAAAGUUAGAAGAACACAAGUUGUCAAUUACAUCAUGAAACAAGGUACCACAACAGGCUGCACUUUGGGUAUAAUCGCCUCAUUCUACUCCUGCAUUGCCCUCGGAGUAACUUGGUUAAGAGAUAAAGAAGAUACUGCAAACACGUUCAUAGCUGCUGCUACAACGGGUGUCAUAUACAAGAGCACGGCUGGCUUACGAUCUAUUGGCUUAGGAGCUGCUGUAGGGUUAACACUUGCUGGUGUAUACACAUUAGUUACGGACAACGACAACAUAUGGAGCAAAGCGAGAUACAACAGAUUGUGAUUCUACCGUCUUUUAGGGGUAGCACAGAUAAGCAAUGCCACAAGUUAACAUAGCAUAUGUUUAUGUUUGUCAGUGAUCAAGAUGACAUAAAUGUUUGUAUAGUCAAAUUGAAUGGAAAUGUGUGAUUUUUAUAUAUCUUUCUAAACCUUUAUAAUGCUGUAAUGAUAUUGCAUCUUCAAUUUAAACACUGGAAUGUUCCAAAACAAAUCCAUAGACAAUCACUUUGUCAAUCAGUGAUAUAAUUUCAUUUAAUUAAAAAAUUGUUUAGUUAACACAAAGUACAAAAUCAGUGGGACUCUCCUGAACUAGUAAUAACUGUUCAAUUGUAAUGUAAUUUCUCAUUACCAUUAAGUUUGACUAAAAAUGUAUUAAUGUGGCGUAGCUUUAGUUGUUAUCAUCUAUAGAAUUUGUAUAUAUAGACUGUUAUUUUUUAGUUGUUACUGCUAUUGGCACCAAAGGAUCUCUAAGUGUAACAGACUUAUUUACGCCAUGUCUGAAGCGCUUGUCUUCAUAAUGUGCCUAACCUGGAUUGUUCUGUUGUUAGAUCAUAUUGUACCUGGAUCAACACAGGAGAAGCACAAUUAACCGUAAGCCUUUAAAUAAAAACGAUUGAUUUGAAAAAA